ACGCUGGCGUCCCCGGAGUCUGCGGCGGGCGGCAGUGACGGCCCCAGCGCUGACGGCGGCGGCCCGGGGGGCGGCGUGGACGCCCGCGGCGCCGGCUGGGGCAUCACCGCCGGCCUCGACCCCGAAAUGGCGCUGCUGGCGGAGCACCUGCUGAAGCCGCUGCCCGCGGACAAGCAGAUCGAGACGGGGCCCUUCCUGGAGGCGGUGUCCCACCUGCCGCCCUUCUUCGAUUGCCUCGGGUCCCCAGUGUUUACUCCCAUCAAGGCAGACAUAAGCGGCAACAUCACGAAAAUCAAGGCUGUGUACGACACCAACCCGGCCAAGUUCCGGACCCUGCAGAACAUCCUGGAGGUGGAGAAGGAAAUGUAUGGAGCAGAGUGGCCCAAAGUCGGAGCCACGCUGGCGCUGAUGUGGCUGAAAAGAGGCCUCCGCUUCAUCCAGGUCUUCCUCCAGAGCAUCUGCGACGGGGAGCAGGAUGAGAAUCACCCCAACCUCAUCCGUGUCAACGCCACCAAGGCCUACGAGAUGGCCCUCAAGAAGUACCACGGCUGGAUUGUGCAGAAGAUCUUCCAGGCAGCGCUGUUCGCGGCACCCUACAAGUCCGACUUCCUGAAAGCGCUCUCCAAGGGGCAGAACGUGACGGAGGAGGAGUGCCUGGAGAAGGUCCGCCUCUUCCUGGUCAACUACACGGCCACCAUCGACGUCAUCUACGAGAUGUACACCAAGAUGAACGCCGAGCUCAACUACAAGGUGUAGGCACGUCCGGCGGGGGCAGGGGGGUGCUCGCAGCACCAUUCGAACCGCAUCACUGUGAAGCCAGCCAGCCGGCCGCCCCGGGAACUGCCUGGAGGCUGGGGGCGGAGGGGCGGGGGGGGGCUUGCAGGGCACAGCCAGCCCUGGUUCUCUUGUUUAAAAGUCAUUUUGGGGGGUUAUCCUAACGGAGCAAUAAACAACGAUCUUACUUCCGAAUCCCCUUUGAACUUCACAACAGCACAGACCGCUAGCCCUCCGUUUCAGUGUGGUAAAAAUCAAUUAAUGUUUCUAAUCAAGUCCGAGCGGUUUUUUGUUUGUUUGUUUGUUUCUUUUUCCUUUUCUUCCCCCAUGCGGAGCAUAACUCUAGGGGGAACCGUGUGUCGCACACCUCACUUGAAAAAGAAGCAGCACGUGUCCUCAGGAUCUGGCCGAAUGAUGUUUUGGGUAUUUUAAGGACCAUGAGGAGUUUGAUUGGAAAUUAUACAGGGCCCCUGUGGUGGGCAUUCUUUUUUUUUAAAAAAGCAAACUGGUAUGUGUUCUCAUGUGGUUUGCACGGCCCGACCUCACAACUCUUUCAUUAGCGAUCCCGCUCUUUCUUACUGUCUUUUGCCAGACAGUGUUUUUAUAGCUGAAACCAACCAGCAAGCCUUUGAUGGCCAAGGGGAAGGGGGUUAUUUUAAAGCUAUCAGGCACAAAUAAGUGACCACAGAUGACUAUGUUUGCAUUCUUCUGCAUAGUUAUCUUCUUCAGGGACAGCUUUUCCAACCUAAGAAACUACCUACCAUGUGUAUUCUCUCAAGGGGGAGAGGGUGAACCCUCCAUCUGAGACCCAAGAAAAUGCCUCACUGCCUUAACUGUCCUUCCUGGCGCUGAAAAAGAGCUGUAUUUUUUAAAGUGUUGGGGUAAACAAAGCAACCCCAAAAGAAUUGAUGUGUGUUCAAAACCCAAUGAGGAACAACUGGUGAUUUUUAUGCAAGAAACUAAAUGAUCCUUAAUAAAUAAAUCUCUAUUUUGGAAUCA